CCCAAUCCAACCGGUAAUUCUCGUGAACGCAUUGGGGAUCGAGUAGAGUACUGUAGUACCCAGGAGUUCUCAAACCAACGAAUUGGUGCAGUGCAGUCACGUCAUAUUCAGAACACCAAUACUAGAACACUAACUUUUGAAACUCCUAACAGAUUUAAUGCUCUUUAUAACGACACUAUGGAUAAUGAUAGGCAGUCUCAAAAACGUAAAGAACGCUCGCCGCUAGAGUCUGAUUGCAACUUAAAACGGAACGCUACAGCUGAUGAUUGUGUGCAAUGGAUCAACAACAAUGGAGUUCUUAUUGAGAAAGAGUCAGAUCGAUAAGAUGCUGACACGGUAUUAUCUCAAAGAUUUUGACUAUUACUAUUGUAACCCCCUAGGGGGAACCUCACUUUUAUAAUGCAGACAAAAAAAAUACCAAAAUAUAAACAGUGUAGUGCAGAUAACAGUAACGUGUUUAACGGACUAGACAUUUACAAUUAUUAUGCUUUGUUAAACUCUUAUUAUUUGUCUGUCAGUUACUAUGAAACGUGUAUGUACUACAUGUAUUAUUUUUACAGUUACAGAUCAUGGUAUUUAUAUAACUGUUAUAACAGCUUUAAAUCACCUUGGAAUGUUAAUCAUUUUCUAUAUGCGAAUUACGCUCCUAGGGAAAAUUCUUAUUAUUACUACUUAACAAGUCAUGAUGUCUUUACGAAUUUGUAUACAAUGAAUAGUAACCUAAAUAAUGCAGGGUAUAUUAGCCCAAAUGUUAACCAUAAAAUUGAUUGCACCGGAUUUAAUGAUUUAAACUUUUUUACUGUAAAUGAGGUUGAUGUAAACAAGGGAGGUAAUUCGACUAGCUACUUAAAUUUAUCUGAACCCGAAUUACUGAGCAACAAAGACUCUCUAGUUGCAGAACUGUUUAGUAUUUUAUCUCUAAAUGUCUGUGGUUUAAAAUCGAAACUAGGAUGCCCUGAAUUUACAAAGUUAUUACAGCAAUAUUGUAUUAUUGGUUUACAAGAAACUAAAUGUGAUAACUUAGACUUUAUAGAUUUACCUGGUUAUGAUGUAUUUAUGAAAAAUAGACAUGAUAUCAGAACUCGUCGUAAAUCAGGGGGUUUAGCAUUAUUUGUCAGAAAAGAUAUUUCAAAAUACGUUAAGAUCAUAGAAACAGAUUGUAAAUUGGUGUUAUGGUUUACCGUGUCAAAAUCAAUAUGUAAAACAGAUAAUGAUCUAUUGUGUGGUGUUAUUUAUAUACCACCCGAAUAUUCAGAAUAUUCAGUUGAGGACCCCUUUUUAGAGAUACAGAACGAUUAUAGUAAUUUUAUUGAUAAAUAUGACUCAUUUUGUCUAUUUGGAGAUUUCAAUAGCAGAACUAAAUCUUUAGAUGAUUAUAUUAUACUUGACACAGAUUUUUUUGAAAGUCAAAAUUUAGAAGAACUUUGUUCAGAAUAUAAUAUUGAGAUGAGUAUGUUCGACUCGGCAGUUAAUGUUAAACGGACCCGUAUAAAUAGUGACAAAACGUCUAACAACUAUGGAUCCCAAUUACUCGAUUUUUUAAAACUUAAUUGUCUAUACAUUUUAAACGGUAGAACAAAUAUGGAUAUUCCGGGGAAAACAACGUGUAAAGGCACAAGUACUGUUGAUUAUUUUAUCUGUAAUUCAAACUGUUUUAAGCAAAUUGUGUCUCUUAAUGUUUUAGACUUUUGUCCCUUAAUGUCAGACGUACAUAACCCUGUGGAACUUAAAUUAAGCUUUGAAUUGAGCAAAUGUAGUGUACAAAUGGAGAAACCUACCAUAAAACUUUGGGAUAGCACUAAAACAAAUGAGUUUUUAAAUAAGAUAGAUGUUAAUGAAAUACAAAACAUUAAUGAAACAUUAGAUAACUUUGAAGUCAAUAACAAUUUCACUCAAGAAAAUGCUGACAUUAUAACUGAAACCAUAUCGUCAUUAUUUUCAAAUACGUCCCGUGAAAUUUUUGGACACACAAAAAUAAAAGAUAUUAAUAACAAAAAAAUAACUAAUAAUUCCAAACCUUGGUUUGGACCAAAAUGCAAAAAGGCUAGAAAAAAUUUUCACACUGCAAAACAUCUUUAUAAAUUAAGAAAAAACGAAACCACAAAGGAAAACUUGAAACAAAACGCAAAAAUAUAUAAAGGCACGUUAAAACAAUUUUAUAAAAAUGAGAAAAAAGAAAGUAUAAGUAAAUUGCGAAAUCUUAAAGGUAAAGACCCACGAAACUAUUGGAAAAUUUUAAACAAAAAAACAAAACAAAAUUGCGAGGCUGACCUAACUGACCUUUAUAAUUUCUUUAAAAAUGUAAAUUUUAAAAAUGAUGAAAGUGAUGAAAUUAUAGAUGAACCAAAUUCUGAUGAAGUAAAUGAAAGUAACGAACAGAUAAAUGUUCCAAUCACAGACAAUGAAAUUGAGUAUGCAAUCAAAACCCUUAAAAAUAAUAAAGCCAGUGGAUAUGACAAUGUAGUAAAUGAACACCUUAAAGCAACAUUUCCAUGAAUGAAAACAAUAUAUGUUAAACUUUUUAACCUAAUAUUAAAUACCGGUAUAAUUCCUGAAUCAUGGACUAUUGGUAUAAUCAACCCAAUAUAUAAAAACAAAGGGGACAAAUCUGACCCUGGAAAUUAUAGGCCUAUAACUUUGUUAAGUUGUUUAGGUAAAGUAUUUACAUGUAUUUUAAAUAAAAGAAUAACUGAUUACGUUGAAUCUAAUGAAAUAA